AUGAGAGUUAGAGGUCCACCAAAAGAGCAAGAAUCGAUGGGGAAAUCUUUAGAUAAUAACUCAGUUCAUAAAAAGAGAUAAGAAUUGUGGGAAAAGUAAAUGGGGUCAAAUUAAGCAUGCUAAGGAUAUGUCUCUAAUACUCAGGGAAGUGCAGAGUCUGGAAUAAAAUAGUUUUUAUCAUCAAUGAGGAAAAAUGGAAGCUUUCAAUAGAUCGAUAGCCAAUUUAGACCCAAUGUCACAGAAAAUGAAAAUGAAACACCCAAUAAAUCAUAACUGAAGGUUACAGACACAUAAUUAUUGACUCCAUUGCAAAAAAAUGCAUAAAAAAAUCAAACAACUUAUGAUAUCUUGUCAUAGAUCUACGAAUUACAAAAUAGAAAGAGUAGAAAUUAAUCACUUUUGGAAGAAUUAAUGAGAAAAACUAAAUAGGCUAAUGAUAAUCUAACGUUCCAGAGAAUACUACAGAGGAAAAAGUACUAUAAAAGAUCUCAGAGAUGUUAAUCAGUGGCUUAGAAAGAAUAUGAAUUAGAAUAACUAAAAGGCUAAUUGAUUUAAGUGAAAUAAGUGCAGGUUCAACCAAUCUAAAAGGAAUAGACUCCUAAGUAAUAGGAGAAAUUGGUUCCACUUUUGAUUAGAAAGGAGAAGACUAAAAGUCCCCCAUCGAAAGAUAAUGAUAGAAAGAAAGUGCAAGGUCCAAUUUGCAAAGCCAAAAAAAUAGUGAUUGAUGAUACUAGAUUUUGGGAUAUUGGAUUUACUAAAUUUAUAUAGAAUCCAAGUUAUCAGGAAAUCAAUUAAUUAAUUAAUUUCUGUAAUGGCAUUUAAGUGACACCGGCCUUACAUUAAAAAUAUUAUAAGUUGUUUGUAGGUAGAGGCAAUAAUCAUAUGAUGAUCAAAGGAAUAUUUAAUUUAAGGCCAUAAUGGAGUAUUGCAAAUUCAAUAGAUGACGAUGCUGAAAUCAAUUUUGUAUGGACUCAAAAAUUCAUUGAUUUGCAACCUUCAGAAAUUAAACCAAUUCCUCAAACUAUCAUAUCUGAGGAGAUUAAUAGUUGGAUUGACUCUUAGUAAAUGAGUUUGAUAAGAUAGGCUUGGGACAAGGUUGAAGGUAAAUCUAAAAAGAAACUAAAUGAAUAUAAUAUAGACAGUCCAUCUAUCUUAAAUAAUUUACACAAUUACAAAGAAUUAAUUCAAUUAAAUCAUUAGACUAUGAACAUACGCAUACACAACCAUCUCAAAGGAGGCUAUCAAUUAGGUGAUAAGAAAUGGCUCUUCCAUAAUCUCUCCGAAUAUUGUUCAGAAUAGAGUAUUGAUGUAUGGAAUUACAUUCCAUUAACUUAUCAUAUUCAUGGACCAACAGACCGAGAGUUCAUUAAUUUUUAAUAAACAUUCUAGCAUCUGGCAUUGGAUAAGGAUAUUAAAAAUAUAUGGAUCAUAAAACCAGGAGAGGAUAGUAAUAGAGGCAAUGGAAUUAAAGUAACAAACUAGAUGUCUGAAAUUACCCAACAUAUCACUCAACAAGGUCAUACUUUCAUUCUUUAAAAAUAUAUUGAAAAUCCAUUUUUAUAUCAGAAGAGAAAGUUUGAUAUAAGAGGGUAUUGUUUAAUCACUAUUAUGAAUGGAGUUAAAAGAGUUUAUUGGUACAAAAAAGGCUAUUUGAGAACAUCAAGUAGUUUCUUCACUUUGGAAUCAUUAGACAAUCAGAAGAUCCAUUUAACCAAUGAUGCAAUUUAGAAUAGGUUAAAUGGCUAUGGAAAAUUUGAAAAAGGAAAUAAAGUUUCUUAUGAUCAAUUCUAAGCAUAUUUAAUAGAAUAGAACAAACAAAACAACACCUUAUACAGUUUCGAUGAAUUAUAUGCUGAUAUGAAGGCUCUUACUAAAUUGGCUUCACAAUCAGCUAUUGAUAAAAUCACAAAUGACGAUCAAAUUUUGGGAUUCGAAUUGUAUGGUUUAGAUUUUAUGAUUUCUAACAAUUUCAAACCAAUACUUAUUGAAUUCAAUACUAAUCCUUGUAUAGAGACUGGUUGUCCUGUCUUGACUAAGAUAAUUACAGGGCUAAUGGAAAAUCUUAUGAGAUUCAUCAUUGAUCCUUUGUUUCCAGCUAAAAGAAUGGGGAAUGAUGAUUUCACGAACAAAAAUGAUUUUGAAUUAUUAUUAUCAUGUUGA